UGCUGAGGGUGAGGGCAGCGCUUCGGUUCGGAUCAGGUGGAACCGGGGCAGACUGGGUCCAGGUCCCUGUUCCCUCAGGUGUCUGUGGCCGUGACGUCAUGGCGGAGAUGGCGCGAGUACCCGGUCAGUUUGAUGACGCAGAGGAGGACAGUGAACAGUCAGAGCAACAAACAACCACAAACACAAUCAACCAACAGCCUUCAUCAGAGGAGGAUGAUGAUGAUGAUGAUGAUGAUGAUGAAGAGUGGGCGUGGUCUUCAGCAUCAGGUUUCAUAAGAAGACUGAACGGGACCAGUUCCUGCUUCCAGAUAAACUGAAUUUUGAAGAUUCUGUCAUCAAUAAGGUGACGAUGAUGCAGAAGCAGAAAGAAGCCGAUACGUACAGGGUCAAGGACAAAUCAGAUCGAGCCACAGUGGAACAGGUUUUAGAUCCAAGAACUCGAAUGAUUCUGUUCAAGAUGCUGAGUCGAGGAGUCAUCUGUGAGAUCAACGGCUGCAUCAGCACCGGCAAGGAGGCUAACGUUUAUCACGCCAGCACAAAUUCAGGAGACAGCAGAGCCAUUAAGAUCUACAAGACGUCCAUCCUGCUCUUUAAAGACCGAGACAAAUAUGUCAGCGGGGAGUUCAGGUUCCGGCAUGGUUACUGUAAAGGAAACCCCAGAAAGAUGGUGAGAACGUGGGCUGAGAAAGAGAUGAGGAACCUUAUCAGGCUGCAGACAGCAGGAAUACCGGGUCCAGAACCUCUGCUGCUCAGAAGUCAUGUUCUGCUGAUGGGGUUCAUCGGGAAAGACAACAUACCUGCACCUCUGCUGAAGAACGCGGCGCUGUCAGAGUCCAAGGCCCGGGAGCUCUACCUGCAGGUCGUGCAGAACAUGAGGAAAAUGUUUCAGGACGCUCGUCUGGUCCAUGCUGACCUGAGCGAGUUCAACAUGCUGUACCACAACGGUGACGUCUACAUCAUCGACGUGUCUCAGUCGGUGGAACACGAUCAUCCUCACGCUCUGGAGUUCCUCAGGAAGGACUGCAGUAAUGUGAACGAAUUCUUUGUGAAGCGAGGUGUGGCCGUCAUGACGGUCAGAGAGCUGUUUGAUUUCAUCACCGACAUGUCCAUCACCAGCCACAACAUGGAGCAGUACCUGGAGAGGGUGAUGGCGAUUGCCACAGAGCGAACGUCUCAGCAGACAUCGGAUCAGGACCGAGUGGAUGAGGAGGUGUUUAAGAAGGCCUACAUUCCCCGGACGCUGACAGAAGUGGACAACUACGAGCGGGAUGUGGACCUGGUGAGAUCCAUGGAAGGGAACUUUGCUGACAGUGGACACCAGGACCACGUUCUGUACCGGACCCUGACAGGCCUGAAGAAGGAUCUGUCUGGAGUUCAGACGGUUCCUGAACUGCUCGAAGGUCAGCGGUCUUCAUCAGAGGAGGAGGAGGAGGAGGACGAGGAGGAGGAGGAAGAAGAAGCAGAGGAGGAAGGGCAGCAGGAAACAACGAUGGACCGAAAGGAGAGGAAGAGGAUGGUGAAGGAAGCUCAGAGAGAGAAGAGGAAGACUAAAGUACCCAAACACAUGAAGAAGAGGAAGGAGAAGGUGGCCAAGAUGAAAAAGGGCCGAUGACUUCCUGUGGGUCCUUUCAUUCUGGUUUUAUUAAACCUUUAUUUUACCAGGUGACACAUGAAGAACAGGUUCUUAUGUAGUGUCAGCCUGGGGUCAAAGGUCACUCAGCCAAUCAGCUGCCUGGGCAGAGAUGAGGCAGCCAAUCAUAGUUCAGAUGUGUCAGUCAGCCUCGUCUCCAUGCUUCAACUUCAACAACCGGUCUGAUUUUUGUCUGUAAAUAAAGUUUUAUAAACAGA